GUAUUCUGUAACAGUCAGAUCAGGCUCUGUGUAAUAUUAAGGAAUACUGUGGCAGCAUCUGAUUCCUAGCAUUUUCUCUCUCCUCUGCAGGUGAUCCUGCAACUUCACAAUGCAUCUGGAAGAACUCAAAAAGCUGCAACAUAUAUUGGAGCAAAUUAGCGAUGGGAAAUAUUUGCUUGAAAACCAUCAGCUCGCUAUGGAUGUGGAGAAUAAUAUUGAGAAAUAUCACAUUAAUUUACAGCCCUUGGAAUCCAAAGUGAAAGUCAUUCAGAGAGCAUGGCGUGAAUAUCUACAGCGUCAAGAUUUACAGAGCCAGGAGCAUCUGGAGAAGCGCAGUCCAUCACCUCCUUCCUUGUCAUCUGACAAGAUGAGCAGCUCAAUCAGUAUGAACACCUUUUCAGAUGGCAGCACCCCUGAUGGCAUGGAUCUCGGCAGCGACCCUUGCAGCAGCCGCUCCAGCUCGGAAUCGAGUUCCAGCAAAGUGACCCCUUGCUCGGAAUGCAAAUCUUCCCCCUCGCCCACCAGCCUGGACUUGGCUGCUUUGGAGGACUCGGAGGAGGAAGACGAGGAAGAGGAGGAGGAGGAGGAAGAGGGGGAGGAGGACUUCCAGGUGUACCAGAGGAAGGUGACUGAUGCGUGGGCGGAGGACAGGGACGAUGCCCGCCGCUGUGCCCGAACCGCCCCUGCCAGGAGGAGUUUAGCGCAAGAGCUGGAGGAGGCGAGGAGCGCCCGCCUCGCCCUCCCCACCAUCAGCGCCACCGCCACCCCUGCUAUGCCACCCCCGGCUCCCCACGGCCACCCGGCUCCUCAGCAUCCCCAGCGCCAGCACCGCCAGCCGCACCACCCGCUGGACCUCCGGCACAAUGCCAACGUGGUGCCCUCUAGCCGCAGGACUGGGCACAAAGGGGGCGGCGGCUACGGCAAAGCCCGCCUCCAGAAAGGGCAGCCCGGGGGAGGCAUGGGCAGGCUGAGCAACGGGGGCUCGCUGGUAGCCUUCCACCCCUUGGAGAACUCCUUGGGGGGAGGAGGAGGAGGAGGGGGCACGGCUUGGCAAGAGCAGGAGCCCCCGCUGCCCACCAUGGACUGGGAAGCCCUGGAGAAGCACCUGGCGGGGCUGCAGUUCCAGGAGCAGGAGAUCCGGAGCCAGAAGAGCAACUACACUUCCGCUCAAAAAAAUGAGAGGGAGUCUAUCAGGCAAAAACUGGCGCUUGGAAGUUUCUUUGAUGAUGGCCCAGGAAUUUAUACCAGCUGUAGUAAAAGUGGAAAGCCAAGCCUUUCUUCUCGGUUACAAAGUGGGAUGAAUUUACAGAUUUGUUUUGUAAAUGACAGCGGAAGUGACAAAGAUAGCGAUGCUGAUGACAGCAAGACCGAAACAAGUUUGGAUACACCUUUGUCUCCCAUGAGCAAGCAGAGCUCUUCCUAUUCUGACAGAGACACUACUGAAGAGGAAUCUGAAUCCCUAGAUGACAUGGAUUUUCUCUCAAGGCAAAAGAAACUUCAAGCUGAAGCCAAAAUGGCCUUAGCAAUGGCAAAACCAAUGGCCAAAAUGCAAGUAGAGGUGGAAAAGCAAAACAGGAAAAAAUCUCCCGUAGCUGACCUUCUGCCACAUAUGCCUCAUAUAAGUGAAUGCUUGAUGAAAAGAAGCUUAAAGCCCACAGAUCUGAGAGAUAUGACGAUUGGGCAGCUACAGGUGAUAGUCAAUGAUCUACAUUCACAGAUAGAAAGCUUGAAUGAAGAAUUGGUGCAACUGCUGCUAAUUCGGGAUGAAUUGCACACAGAACAGGAUGCUAUGCUGGUAGACAUUGAGGAUUUGACCAGACACGCUGAAAGUCAGCAGAAGCACAUGGCAGAGAAGAUGCCAGCAAAAUAAAACCGGAAGCCAUCAGAACUGAAGAAACAAGCUAAAAUGUUUUGCUUCUGUGGUUGUACCAACGCUGAUGCUCCACGGGUGGCACACAAGAAAAAUCAGUGUUAGUCAUUGAUUCCGGGCGCAAUCUGCCAAGCACUAGGAACCCCCCACAAGAACCCUUCCUUGAAGCUAAUGGUGGAUGCACAGCGACUGUGCUUGGCGAAUUGUUCCCAAUGUCUGAAGCUUUAUGUCCAGUGGUUGGCCUAUGCUUUUUAAUUUAUUUGCUGUUGGGUUUAUUUUAUUUUUUACUUGUGCCACUAAAUAUCGGACAGUUCAAUAAUCUUAUUGUAGAACAAAAUGUACAGUACUUAUAAACAUUGCAAACGUGAAGAGGAAAAAAGAAGAGAGAGGGUAGUUUUAACUUUUAUUUUUGUUUAUUUAGAGAGACCUUUAAGUUAAAGCAGUAUUUUACCAUUGGCUACUUUUUAUUGUUUUUCAGCGUAAUUUUAAAUAAAUGAGACUGUAAUUUUGACGGUGCUAUACAAGUGAGAGAGAAAACAUACAUGCCUGCCUCGUAGUGAAGUUGUAGCUUUCAGUAAUAUGUAUAUUUUAAUCAGUUUUCAACAUUUUGUGAAUGUUGACUACCUGACAUUCAUUUUUAGAUGUGCUAUUAACAUGCAGUUGAGUUGAAAGAGUUACCUUGAAAGUUUUAUGUAUAAAUAUGUAAAAUAAAAAUUAAAAAUUUCUUUCAUAUGAUAUGUCUUUUUGUUGACUAGUGGGACAACAUAGUAAUUCACCUGUAAUAUAUUCAUUGAAGUACAUGUGAAAUUCCUAUUUUUCUCAUUUCAGAUUAUAUAUAGAUAUAUAUAAUAUGAAAAGUCUCUCUUCAUAUAUAUAUAUAUUUAAAAAAUACUAUUCACUUAGAACACAGAUAAGUUAUUAUAGAUUCACUUGAAGGCAGGCACAAAGGUAAGGUUUAAAGUUAACAAAAAUACUAUGUGGGCUGAAAAAUGAAAAUGACACCUCAACUGUAUACGUAAACUUGAAUUAAACUCUAACACACUUGA